UGCAAAUGGCGGUGUUUGGGUAUCUGUUGAUGGCAUGUCAGUCCAGUAUACAUGCAGUACGGGAUACAGUUUAAAUGAAGCUGACAAUAAUACUUGUCAAAAUGACGGUACCGGAUGGAAAUAUGCUCAACCGACAUGUGUUGAAUGUCAGACAAUAUUUGAACCUUUAAAUGGUGGGUACAUGGUAAAUACUGAUGGAUCAUCGACGUACUCGGUUUUCACGUGCGAUGCUGGAUACUCUUUAAACAUAGAGGAAGAUAUUGCCACGUGCAGCAGUGAUGGUACAUGGGACCAGACAUCUCUUGAUUGUGUUCAGUGUGAAUCUUUGACUGCCAUAGAGAAUGGCUUGAUAAAUAUAACAAGCGGUGGAUCUUCAAGCUUUGCCCAGUACACCUGCGUCGCCGGCUAUACGUUACUAAGUGACGGCCAGAGAAACUGUUUGACGAAUGGAAGUUGGGACGGGUCAGAACCAUUAUGCGUAUGUAACAGCCCUACAGCACCAGCUAGUGGACACGUGUCCGUGUCCGGUGAUUUCAUGACGGCUACAUAUACCUGUGAUACAGGUUAUACUCUGAAUGGUGUAUCACAGAGGUAUUGUGGUAACGAUGGUGCAGGUUGGAGUGAUCAGAAACCUAUAUGCGAACUAUGUGAAACAUUAAGUUCAGUGACGGGUGGAUCCGUUGAACUUUGGACAGAGGGAGAAUCAACCUUCGCCAACUUUACGUGUACUACUGGGUUCAGUAUGGAUGGAGAAGCCCAAAUACAAUGUCGCAGUGAUGGAACCUGGAAUUUCAAUGUUCCUUCUUGUACGACUUGUGAUAGUCUGUCUGCUGUGAGCGGUGGAACAUACAGUUAUAGUACUGACGGUGAAACUACCAGCGUAACGUAUGAGUGUGACGUAGGUUAUAGUAUGUCAGGGUCACCUGGUGCAUCUUGUUCUUCAGUAGGAUCAUGGUCAACUGCUGAACCUGAAUGCGUUGCAUGUCCCCUACUGGUAUCACCAGAUAGCGGGUCUGUCAGUAUGACUACAGACGGUUCAGUCAGUACAGCAGUUUUCUCGUGCACUGCGGAUUACCAUGUUGUGGGCAAUGUCAUUAGUGUUUGUGGGGAAGAUGGCUCGUGGAAUUCAACAGAGCCUGUUUGCGUUUGUGACACUCCUACAUCCGUUUCUCAUGGCUCAAUAACCAUAUCUACUGAUGGAAGUGUAGCAGCAUAUAGUUGUGAUGCUGGUUAUACACUUGACGGAAAUAUUGAAAGAGUUUGUGCUUCUGAUGGGUCAGGAUGGAAUGGGACAACACCAGAAUGCGUAACCUGUGACUCAUUGACAUCACCGAUCAACGGUUCACUAGAUAUUAUCACAGACGGUGUGUAUACUUCUGCGACAGUGUCAUGUGAUGUAGGUUUUACGUCAACGGGAGACGCGUCCCUUACAUGUCAGUCAGAUGGAACGUAUGACAGUACUGUUCCAAGCUGUGUUGAAUGCGAUACGCUAGUCGCUCCUGUCAACGGAAAUUUAUCAUUGUCCUCAAAUUCGACACAAACUGCAGCCACAUUUACCUGUGAUGUCGGCUACACAUUGAAGGGAGAAGAUGUUUCCAAUUGUAUGCCGGACGGAUCCUGGUCGUUCUCAGCACCAACAUGUGAAACAUGUGAACAGUUUCCCGUAAUAUCAAGCGGGUCAUAUUCCACGGCAUCUAAUGGAACCACGUCAUACGUUACGGUACAUUGCGUCACUGGUUAUUACUUAGAUGGAGAAGCUGUUGUCACGUGCUUAGAUGACGGAACCUGGUCACAUACACCUGCUUGUUUAUGUGAAGAUCCUGAAACACCUACCAACGGUGCGACGACUUCUUCUGGUAGUUUAGCCAUGUUCGCUUGUGAUACAGGGUUUUCCCUGUCAGGGGCCUCAGUGUCAGUUUGCCGGCCAGAUGGCGGAGGUUGGCUCAUAGCGAGUCCAUCAUGCGUCCAGUGUAAUACAUUGAACAACAUAUCACAAGGAGAAGGCCAGAUAUCAACUGACGGCAGCCAAACGUUUAUAACGUACUCGUGUCCCGUUGGGUACACGUUGGACGGUGACGUCGAAAACUUCUGUUAUUCUGAUGGAACGUGGUCUUCAGCUGUGCCAUCUUGUGUUACAUGUGAAGCACUUUCUAAUCCUGCCAGUGGUACUGUACAACUAGAUUCGGACAAUACUACAACCUCGGCAGUGUACGCAUGCGCUAGCGGAUAUGAACUUGUUGGCGACGACAUAAGGACAUGUUUAUCAAACGGCACAUGGACACUUGAGGAACCAACAUGUGUUUGUAUUGACCCUGAUCCACCGACACAUGGUAAUGUUGAUGUCACGGCCGACAAGACGCUUGCAACGUAUACCUGUGACGUGGGGUAUACAUUAAAUGGCAAAUCUAGUAGAACAUGCCAAACAGACGGAUCGGCUUGGACAGAAACGGGACCGUCAUGUAGUUUGUGCGAUACUAUUACAAGCCCCAGUGGCGGUGCUGUUAGUUUGUCAACCGACGGUGAAGUGACUAUAGCAUCGUUUACGUGCUCUGCCGGAUAUACUAUGGACGGGGGAAGCAUUGCAUCGUGCAGAGACGACGGAUCGUGGAAUACUUCUGUACCUACAUGUGUUCUCUGUGACAGUGUAAGUGUACCACAAAAUGGUGCUUAUACAUUCGUUACAAAUGGUGAAACCUCAACAGCCGUUUUCACGUGCGACACUGGAUUCACUUUACAAGGAACCAGUGACCUCACCUGUGCUGUGUCUGGAAGAUACAGUGAUUCCGAACCAACUUGUUUGCAGUGUGAUACACUGGUUACACCUGACUCUGGUGUAUUGACAACAACAACCAAUGGUACUGUUACAGUUGCUACAUUUGCUUGUGAUACAGGAUAUUACUUGAAUGGAGCCGCACAUCUCACAUGCGGCACAGAUGGAACUUGGGACGGUUCAGAACCUGAAUGUCGCUGUGAUCCACCUCCAACCAUUGCAAACGGCUUCUAUAACAUAAGCACCGAUGAAUCUGUUGUCACCUACUCUUGUCUUGAAGGAUUUACUAUGACCGGAGAAAGAAGUCAAAUCUGUCAAAGUAAUGGACUUAGUUGGGAUUCAAGUCAGCCACUCUGCGUUGGAUGUGACAGUCUGGCGACCCCUGAUAACAGCUCUGUCGUGAUAUCAACUGAUGGUUCUAUAACAUCAGCGACGGUGUCGUGUUUCGUUGGUACCACCCUCUACGGGGAACCAGACAUAGAAUGUACAACCUCCGGAACAUGGACUGUUUCAUCCUUCUCAUGUGUAACUUGUGAAGAAAUAUCGGCCCCGGCAAAUGGUAAUAUCACAAUAAACACAAAUGGCACAUUUUCUACGGCAAGUUUCACGUGCAACACUGGAUUUACGCUGUCUGGAAGUGACAUUUCUACAUGUUCAUCGGACGGAAUCUGGUCUUCUUCUGGACCAAUCUGCGUUAUUUGUCCCGAGGUGGAAGACAUUGACAACGGGGAUGUAAUUGUUAUUUCUGAUGGUCUUUCUACUUCUGUCCUGUACUCAUGUCAUCCAAAUUACGGACUUAGUGGAUCUGGAUUGUUGGGCUGUAGAACAGAUGGCAGCUGGAACGAUUCAGUACCUUCUUGUGUUUGUGAUUCGCCAUUUUCAUUAGUUGGCGGCAAUUACACAAUAAGCGCGGAUGGAAUGACUUUGACAUAUACAUGCGACUUAAGCUUUACGAUGAUUGGCUCUUCAGUACGAACAUGUGCUACUGACUCUUCUGGUUGGUCCGGAUCUCCUCCUGUCUGUAAUGAAUGUGACAGUUUGCCAUCAAUUACUGAUGGUGAAGUCUUGAUAUCAAGAGACGGAACUGCAUCAGUUGUAACAUACAAUUGUUAUCUUGGUUACAGUAUAUCCGGAGAUUACUCCGCUACAUGUGAUGAGAGCGGACAGUGGAAUAUCACGGCUCCAUCAUGCAUACAAUGCCCCUCAGUUGACACUAUUGCAAAUGGAGAGGUCACUGAAUUCACUGAUGGCGUAUUAACUACGGCACUGUACGAGUGUCUGGUUGGCUAUUACUUAGUCGGCGAAGCAGAACGAGAGUGUACGGAUGGUGCUUGGAGCGGAUCACCGCCUAUUUGUUUGUGUUCUUCAUCAUCGUUUUUUGACAAUGGAGCUGUGGUCUCUAACGGUUCUGUUAUAUCGUACACGUGUGAUUCUGGAUACUCUCUCAGUGGAGCACCAGAGAGAACAUGUCAAAAUGAUGGCAGUGGUUGGAGUUUAACAGAACCAUCAUGUGUAAAAUGUGAAGCAUUAUCCGUACCAACUGGUGGAAAUAUCUCGUUGUCAACUGACGGAUCUAUAACCAAAGCUGCCGUCACAUGUUUGAUCGGCUACACAAUGUCGGGAACGCCAACACUGACAUGUGGCUCAGAUGGCAAUUGGGACUACCAAACCCCAACUUGUGGAGUUCCCUGUUCAGCUUUGAAUACACCAUCUGGCGGUCAGGUGUCUCUUCAGACUGACGGCCUGACGACCACAGCUUUGUAUACGUGUGAUACGAAUUACACAGUGAAUGGAGUAUCCCAGCUCACGUGUAGAAGUGAUGGAUCAUGGGAUUUUGUUCCGUCGACUUGUGAACAAUGUGACGUCAUAACUUCGCCCACGAAUGGCUACAUGAACAUCACUACAGACGGAGCUACAAGCUUGGCGUCCUUUACUUGUCAUAAAGAUUAUUAUUUAGAUGGUGCGGGUACUUCAACGUGCUCUUCAGCUGGAUCUUGGAGUGAUGCUAUCCCAAGCUGUAUAUGUAAUGCCCCUGAUGCUAUCAGUAAUGGCGAUGUUAGUAUAUCGGAUGACGGUCUGACAGCAACAUACACGUGCACUUCCGGCUUUACGCUUUACGGCAGCAGCAUUAUCACGUGCCAAGAUAACUACCAGGGAUGGUCAUCGAAUGAUACAAGCUGUGUAAGCUGUGGUGCUUUCCCACAAAUACCAGAUGGAUCUGUUUCCAUGGUAACCGAUGGAGUGCAAUCGACAGCCGAAUUUACAUGUAAUACUGGUUAUAGUAUUAAAGGAGAAACAACUGUCCAGUGUGACAGUAACGGAAUGUGGAUAACUUCCUUUCCAGAAUGUGUGUCAUGCGCUGAUUUAGACGAUAUAGCCAACGGAACUACACUUACAAGUACAGACGGACAUACAACAAGCAAGGCUUAUCAGUGUAACAUCGGUUACAGUUUAAGCGGACAAAGCGAACUCUUGUGUUUAGAAGACGGCAGUUGGAUUUCAAGCCCGCCGGAGUGUGUCAUAUGCGGCGAAAUGUCAACACCUUCCAGCGGUUUCCGGGAUGACUUCACGGACGGAAUUUUCUCAUACAUCGAAUACUCAUGUGUCAGUGGCUACCACCUUGUUGGCAACUCCGUCAUCCAGUGUCAGACAGAUGGAAGCUGGAAUGGUUCUUUGCCAUCAUGCGUAUGUGACGCACCAACAGUUCCUCCAAAUGCAGCGCUGUCAUUUUCUUCAGAAGAUACCAUUGUUGAAUACAGCUGCUCGACAGGCUUUUCGCUAACUGGGGUGAUGUCCAGGGAAUGCAGUGACAAUGGACUAGGAUGGCAUGGAACUGAACCAUCUUGUGUUCAAUGCGCUGAUGUAGACGGUGUUGCUGAUGGGAUUAAUACAAUAGCAACAAACGGUACAACGUCCACAAUAGAUUUCACGUGCAACACGGGCUUUACAUUGAAUGGAGACAGUCAGAUUACAUGUGAUGAGAACGGAAUGUGGAGUGCAAAUAUUCCACAGUGUGUUUCUUGUGACGAGAUCGUUGCCCCUGCAAGUGGAUCGUUCGUUAUUUCGUCAAACGGUACGGUAAGUACUGUGUCCUACAACUGUGAUACGGGUUAUAACAUCGUUGGCGACGAAACAAGAAGCUGCACUGCCAAUGGACAAUGGACUUCAGGGACACCGGAAUGCGUUUGUGACGAUCCUGGAAAGCCAGUUGAUGGCAGUGUUGUAAGUGAUGGUUACAAAGCGACGUACACAUGUGAUGCUGGAUAUACAUUGUAUGGAGAGUACAUCAGAGUGUGUAACAAUGACAACACUGGGUGGAACGGGACUGACCCAACAUGUGUGGCUUGUGUGUCAUUGAAUACGCCAUCAGGGGGUAGUGUUUCCAUACAAACAGAUGGACAGAUAACUAGCGCGUUAUUCACGUGUCAAACAGGAUACACGAUCAGUGGAACGAGUACAGUAACGUGUCGUUCUGAUGGAACAUGGGAUUUCACAUCGGCUGCUUGUGUUUCCUGCGAAACAUUAUCAAGUCCAGAUAAUGGCCAAGUUUCUCUAGCAUCAGUCAACAGUGUAACAUACGCUCAUUUUGAAUGUAACGUAGGUUACACGUUAAAUGGAUUUCAGCAGUUAUCAUGCAGAUCAACCGGAAGCUGGGAUUUCUCUGAACCCUCGUGUGUUCUAUGUGAGGCAUUAGAGGAUGUAAGUAGUGGCGACAUGUCAGUGAUAACUGACGGUGUAGUGUCGUAUGUGUAUUAUACCUGUGCCGUCGGAUACACUCUGGAAGGGGACAGCAAUAGGACAUGUGGUAUCGACGGUAUUUGGUCAGGAAUGAAACCAGUCUGCAUCUGUGAUAUUCCUGCUGUACCAGAGAAUGGAUCACUAGUAGUAUCUACAGAAGGCAACAGCGUAGUAUUCUCAUGUGAUGUUGGGUUUACUAUGGUUGGUAGUGCUACACUUAUCUGUCAGACUGAUGGGACAGGUUGGAACGGAACAUCUCCUUCGUGUGUUGAAUGUGGUACAUUUGACAUUCCUGAUAAUGGAUCCAUAUCAUAUGAAACGAACAAUGAGGUAACGUCCGUAACGGUAACGUGUAACAUUGGUUCUUCGCUCCAAGGAACGGCAGAAAUAAUGUGUGGAACUAAUGGAGAAUGGGAAAUACGGAGCAAUAUCGAUUGUGUUUCGUGCCCGUUUUUGGAGAACCCAGUUAAUGGCACCACAACACUUGAGACAAAUGGUACACAGACAAAGGCUUUGUUUAGUUGCAACCUCGGAACCUCUCUUUACGGAUUAACUGAGAUUGAGUGCACGGAUGAAGGUGUAUGGAGUGCAGAUAUUCCCGUUUGUGAAACAUGUACACCAUUUGCUGCACCAAGUCUUUCAUAUGAACCUAUACAAUACAGUAGUGACGGCCAUACGACAACUUUAACUGUAACGUGUGUUGAUGGAUACCAUACAUCUGGUAGUUCAACGGUUACUUGUAAUGAAGGAUUGUGGGAAUCUUCUCUUCCUGAAUGUGUUUGCGAUUCCUUAUCUGUGCCAUUGAAUGGUACUGCAAGCGUAUCGAGUGACUUGAUGAUUACGUUUUUCACGUGCGAUGCUGGAUACACAAUGGUCGGGGAAACUACGUCAUAUUGUUUAACAGAUGGUACUGGAUGGAAUACCACAGCACCUAAUUGUGUUAUGUGUGAUUUGCUGACUGAGAUUACAUCUGGAUCCUACAACAUAUCAUCCAAUGGUUCAGUAUCAGUUGUAACGUAUACAUGUGGUGCUGGUUUUACUUUGAGUGGUUCCUACGAAAGACAGUGUGGAACAAAUGGUGAAUGGGAGGACACUAAACCAAUUUGUGUGUCUUGUCCAACUCUGGAUGCACCAUCUAGUGGAUCGGUAACAAUAACUACGGAUAGCCAAGUUAGCGAAGCCAUCUAUACUUGUGUAGCGGGUUACGAGCUGAGUGGUGAUAUUGUCAGAGAAUGUCUCGCAAAUGGCACAUGGUCAUCUGAACAACCCAACUGUUACUGCACAUUACCCACGCCACCAUUUAAUGGUGAUGUGGCAUACGGACUUGACGUCACGGUGGCAAAAUUCACAUGCGAUAGUGGUUACACAUUACAUGGCGACACUGAAGGAUACUGCCAGGAUGACGGCUCAGGGUGGAAUACAUCUGUUCCAGAUUGCGUGGCUUGUUCUACCCUAUCAGUAUCGCCUGGAACUUCAUUUAACAUAUCAACUGAUGGUGUAACGAGUACAGCUGUGUAUGAAUGUGGUGUGGGGUAUACAAUACAGGGUGAUACAAACCUCGAAUGUCGCAGUGACGGGACUUGGAAUGUGCAGUCACCAUCUUGCGUGUCUUGUGAGACGUUAACAUUAACUGAUGGUGGAAGUAUCAACUUUGAAACGGACGGUUCCGUUACCCAAGCCACUGUAACAUGUGGGACAGGAUAUACUGUUACUGGCGCUCAGACUUUAUCCUGUAAAGCUGAUGGUACCUGGGAUUUUACUGCUGGAUCUUGUGUUGAAUGCCCGGGAAUUAUUGCUCCGGAUAGCGGGUAUAACAACCUAACAAGUGACGGGUCAGUAACCAUGGCAACGUUUUGGUGCGAACAAGGAUAUUUCCUAGAUGGAAGCUCUUUUAUAACAUGCGAAACGGAUGGGACAUGGAGCGGUAACAUACCAACAUGUAAAUGCGAUCUACCUGACUCCAUUGUAAACGGUGAUUUUGCGAUAUCUAAUGAUAGUUUAUCAGUAGUUUACACUUGCGAACUUGGAUAUUCUAUGGAUGGUGCAAAUACACGUACAUGUGACCAUAAUGGUAAUGGCUGGACCGGAACUUCACCGCUGUGCUACAAAUGUGACGAUUUGUCAGAGCAUUACAAUGGAACAGUUAACAUCGCAACAGAUGGCGACACGACAACAGCUACAUUUGCUUGUGAUUCUGGUUACACUAUGUCUGGAAGUCCAGUAGUCCAGUGUACGCAAGAUGGCACAUGGGAAUUUGAACAACCUACAUGUACAAAAUGUGAAGAGGUAUUAGUACCGUCGAAUGGUUCAUUUCAAUGGGUCACUGACAGUACAUCGUCAGAUGCAGUGUUUUCCUGCGAUGAAGGGUAUUCCCUUACCGGAAGUUUGAGCCUGUCCUGCUCUUCAGAUGGCUCUGUGACCGGAACAGUUCCUACUUGUGUUGCCUGCACGACGUUAGACAUUCCUAACAACGGGGUGGUAACUAUAGCUACAAAUGGUAGCAUGACGACAGCAACAUAUGAAUGUGACGUCAACUACAGUCUGAUUGGCAACGAAGUUAUUACAUGUAUUGAUGGUUCGUGGAACAAUGCCCCUUCAUAUUGCGAAUGCUCAGCGUUUUCAAAGCCUAGUGAUGGUAACAUAGUUGUCUCUGAUGACGGAAUGUCAGCCACAUACUCUUGCGAUCCAGGUUUUACUCUAAGUGGAGAAACAGAACAAACUUGUGGAUCCCAAAGUUCAAUUACGGCCUCGCAAACAGCACCUACAUGCAAUGCGUGCGAUACUCUUGAGCUAUCAGGUGUCUCGUACACUUUUGCAACUGAUGGAACAACAACCUCGGCUACAUUCAAGUGCGAGACAGGCUAUACCAUGAUUGGAGAAGCAACAAGCGCAUGUCGGAGUGACGGAACUUGGACAACUUCAGUCCCAACUUGCGAAACUUGUGAACCUCUAAGCCCUCCAACAGGAGGUACUAUAAAUCUCAGUUCAGACGGUUCAACAACUCUAGCGACCGUGGUUUGCGAUUCAGGAUAUUCUUUGAACGGUGUUGUAAAUAUGACAUGUAGGACGGACGGAUCAUGGAAUUUUGGUACCGCUACAUGUGUAAAGUGCCCUGACCUUGAAACACCUGACUCAGGCAACUUGACUUUAUCAACCGACGGAACGGUAACUAAUGCAAUAUUUGACUGUAUGGAUGGUUACUACAUUGAUGGUCAAACUAUUCUCACAUGUGGAACUGAUGGUACAUGGAGUGGAGAAUCACCAUCUUGUCUUUGCGAGCCGCCGGAUUCUGUACUGAAUGGUUUGUACACGAUAUCAAACGAUGGUAUGACAAUAAUGUAUGAAUGUAAUCUCGGAUAUUCCAUGGACGGCACAAAUACACGUGUAUGUGGUAGUAAUGGUAAUGGAUGGAGUCUACAAACACCUACUUGCUUUGAAUGCGGAGAUCUACUUGAGCAAACAAAUGGAAGUGUUACUUUAAACAGUGACGGUGUGUCUACAUUUGCAACAUUCGCGUGCGAUACCGGUUAUUCCAUGUCUGGAUCAUCAAUCAUCCAGUGUCAGCCUGAUGGGUCUUGGAAUGUUGGACAAGCUUCUUGUGUGAAGUGUUCAGAUAUUGAACAGCCUCAAAACGGAACUUUGGUCUUGCAAUCUAAUGGGACAACAACAUCAACACAAUAUUCCUGUGAUGUGGGGUUUACUUUAAGUGGAUCGUCAGAGGUCACGUGUUCUGCAGAUGGCACUUGGACUGACCAAACGCCAUCUUGUGUGUCUUGUCCGUCUCUGGUGGAUUUGGAAAACGGACAGGUCGCCAUAUCAACAGAUGGUAGUGUAACCAUGGCGUCAUUCACUUGUGAUCAAGAUUACAGUUUAUAUGGAAGUAGUAUAUUAGCGUGUACAUCAAGUGGGCUAUGGAAUGAAUCGUCUCCAGAAUGUGUGUGUUCAACAUUUAUCCAACCUGAUAAUGGUGACUUAGUGAUAUCUGAAAAUGGAACAAAAGCAACAUAUUCCUGCGCUGCUGGCUUUACCUUGUCUGGUGACCUUGAACAAACUUGUGGCGGACAAAGCAGUUCUGGUGGUGCAUUAGAGGCAUCAACUUGCACUACAUGCGAUCCCUUAUCUACAUCACCGGGAGCAACAUUCGAACUGUCAACUGACGGAAGUGAAACUGUGGCAAUAUACCAGUGUCAGGCUGGCUAUAGCAUGAUUGGCACCAGUAACCUAACAUGCCGGACAGAUGGAACAUGGGAUGUUUCACCGCCAGGGUGCGAAACCUGUGAAACACUUCCUUCUGUUGUUGGUGGAGAUGUUGAGAUCUCUACUGAUGGCGAACAAACACAAGCGGUUUUCGCAUGUGACUUGGGUUUUACACUUUCUGGUCAAACAACAUUAUCUUGCAGAACGGACGGAACAUGGGACUUCACUCAACCCGAGUGCGUGAGUUGUCCCGCUCUUGCGGAUCCAGCCAAUGGACAAGUCAACCAAUCAACAACAGGUCAGGUUUCAGUUGCCAAAUUCAGCUGUGUGGACGGUUACUAUCUAGACGGGAACGAAAUACUUACUUGUUUAGAAAGUGGAACAUGGGAUAACGUUUCCCCGACUUGCAUUUGUGACCCUCCAGAAGACUUAAUGAAUGGUGCAUACAUACUUUCAAACGACGGAAUGAGUGUAACGUACACUUGUGACGUCAACUAUACUCUGAAUGGUACAACAAUACGAACAUGUAGCAACAAUGGUAAUGGAUGGGAUGGAGUUACUCCAACAUGUUACAAGUGUGACGAUCUAUCGGAACAUGAAAACGGAACCAUCAGCACAGAAACUGAUGGUGUCUCUACGUCAACGACUUUCACUUGUGCUGAAGGGCACUCAUUAUCUGGUUCCUCUGUACUGCAAUGUCUACCAGAUGGGACAUGGGACGCGGGACAACCUUCUUGCAAAAAAUGUGAAGAUAUAGAAACACCAAAUAAUGGAUCGUUGACCUUCACUUCUAAUGGUACAAGUACACUUGCGGAAUAUUCCUGUGACGUAGGAUUUAGUGUGAGUGGAUCUGUUGAAAUGUACUGUGCAGCAGACGGCACUUGGACUGGAGAUAUUCCAUCCUGUGUUUCCUGUCCAAUGAUUGAAACCCUAGAAUAUGGAGAUGUUACUGUGACCAGCAAUGGUAGUGUAACGAUAGCAACAUAUAGUUGUGUCCAAGACUACAGUUUACUUGGAGAUGCAGUUCGUACAUGUACUUCUUCUGGAGCCUGGGAAAGCACCACACCAACUUGUGUGUGUUCAACAUUUGUUGAGCCAAGUGACGGAGAUAUUGUGAUAUCUGAGAACGGGACACAGGCGACAUAUUCUUGCGGAACGGGUUUCACGCUCUCUGGAGAUGUACACCAAACUUGCGGUGUUGUUACUAGCGUUGGAGAUACAGUUCUGACACCACCAACAUGCAUUAUGUGUGAAUCAAUUUCUACUUCAACGGGAGUGACAUUUGAAUUGUCUACAGAUGGUAGUCAGACCAUAGCAACAUUUCAGUGUCCGACUGGCUAUACCAUGGUUGGCACUAGUAAUCUCACAUGUCGUACGGAUGGGUCAUGGGAUAUAUCACCACCAACUUGUGAAACCUGUGCCACACUAGCUACAGUUUCUGAUGGGAGUGUUUCUUUCGUCACUGAUGGUGAACAAACACAAGCGGUGUUUACAUGUGACCCGGGAUCUACGCUUUCUGGACCUUCUACGCUGUCUUGUAGGACGGAUGGUACAUGGGACAUUGCACAACCUGACUGUGUGACUUGCCCAUCAUUAAAUGACCCAGUGAACGGGCAGGUGAACGUGUCAACGAGUGGCCAGGUAUCGGUUGCGCAGUUUAUCUGCGCAGACGGAUAUUAUAUAUUCGGAAAUGAUACAUUGACUUGCUUGGAAAGUGGAUUAUGGAACCAUGAUUCUCCAACCUGCAGGUGUAUUUCUCCACCAAGCUUGCCAAAUGGGACAUUGCUAAUAUCUGAUGAUGGCGAAAGCGCAUUCUACACAUGUGUGACGGGGUUCAGUCUAAAUGGCGAUAAUGAAAGAACUUGCAAAUUAGAUGGAACCGGAUGGAAUGGAACUCAACCAGUUUGCGAGCAAUGUCAGUCCAUUCCAUCGGCGUUGAAUCAAGAGUACAAUUUAAGCACGGACGGAACAAGUACAACAGUAGAAUUUACAUGUAACACCGGAUCGUCUAUAAGUGGUGAAGCAACACUUACUUGUUUGCCGGAUGGGUCCUGGAGCGACGACUUUCCCUUAUGUGUUGAAUGUCCAUCAUUAAUGUCAGACAGCGGUGGAACUUUGUCAUAUACAUCAAACGGCACAGUAACAGCGGCAGUUUUUCAGUGUGAUGAAGGUUCAGCUCUUGUUGGGAGUGUUCAGACUUUUUGUGAAACUGACGGUACUUGGUCAGCCUCGGAGCCAACUUGUGUGCAAUGUCCAGAGUUGGCUAGUCCAUUGAAUGGAGAAGUUGUCAUGGUUGUAAAUGGGAGUACGACUUGGGCGACAUUUCCUUGUAAUGAUGGAUACAGUGUAGCAGGGACACCACAGAUUUACUGUACCACCGCUGGUACAUGGGACAGCGCGAUACCUGUUUGUGAGUGUGAUACUUUUACACAGCCAUUGAAUGGUAAUAUUGUUAUAGCUGCCAACAAUUCUGUAGCAACGGUCACGUGUGACGAAGGUUUUGCUCUUAGCGGGGAGACAACUCUGUACUGCUCUGACAGUAGUGGCUCUUCAGAUACCUCAUCCAUACCUUCUUGCGUUUCCUGUGAAUCCUUGUCGACAUCUUCCGGAUCAUCGCUAGAGUUGUCUACAGACGGUGUGAAUACUAUCGCCACGUACAGCUGUGACAGUGGUCACGUGAUGAAUGGAGAGCGUGUACUAACGUGUCGUAGUGACGGAUCCUGGAACCAUGAACCACCAAUGUGCUCUGUUUGCGAUCCACUUGAUUCGCCACUAGGUGGCACUGUUCAGCUCAGUUCUGACGGAGAGAACACAACCGCAGUGUAUACAUGCGUGACAGGCUUUUCUCUUGUUGGACAGUUAGAACUUACGUGCAAAUCUGACGGAUCAUGGGACUUUGUUCAACCGACGUGUGAAUGCGACCUACCCCCAUCUGUAGAUAAUGGAGCUGUGACAGUAUCAAGUGACAAACUUACUUCUACAUAUAGUUGUGAUGUUGGUUAUACAUUGUCGGGACCGGAUGUACGUCAUUGUCGAACUAACGGAUCAUGGUGGGACGGAACUGAUCCUGUUUGCAGCGAAUGUGCUGCAUUAGAUGCCGGUGUUGGAAUGAAUGUAACUUUGUUUGGAGAUGGAAAAGCUACGUCCGCAAUAUUUAGGUGCGAAAACGGAUACAGUCUAUCUCAUACGAACAACGUCACGUGUCUGGAUGACGGUAGUUGGAACACAGCAGCGCCAACCUGCGUGCAAUGUGCAUCGCUGAAUACAACAACGGCGUUAUCGUAUAGUACGGCUUCGGAUGGUCUGACGACAACAGCAACAUUUACUUGCGCAACCGGAUAUGGCAUGAGCGGACCUCAGAGUGUAACAUGUGUGCGUAAUGGAUCCUGGAGUAUGACACAACCAACUUGCUUUAAAAGUUCAGAUCAGACUGGACAACAGGGCUCCGGUGGUGACGGUGGUGGCUCUGGUGCAACUAUCGCCUUUGGUGUGUUAUUUGGCAUUGCUACUUUAGUAGCGAUCAUUCUAGCAGUGGUUGCCUGGAGACUCUGGAGAAAGUCCAAGUCCAUUGAUGGACCUAAAUCUACGCCGUUUGUCCCAGGGCAAGUUCAGUUUAACCCGUUAUUCAGUGAGAUCGAUAGAGAUAAAGUAACGCCAUCUACUGCACCUGUUGGUCAUGAACGUCACGUGACUGAUAUGGGACGCGCCGAUUCUUCUCUCGCACCACGUGGCCAUCAUAAACACGUCAUAGAUUCUGAAAACUGGCUAACAGUGAAGUCCCCGGCACCGUUGACCACCAGAAAUAUCGAACUUCAGAGGCCACCGAUGAUGACCGGUCGUCGAUCUCCUUCUAUGAUAAUGUCUGCCACGCCAUCCUCAUUAGGGGACGCCAGUUUAGGUCCCUUUUUACCGGAACAAAUCCUUACUCCUAGAGAUACGUCAUCAGCAGCAUCAAGCGUCCUUGAUGUACCCAAGAUUUAUGUCGAAGUACAAAAACCAAAAAGGACUGAUAAAGCUCGUAAGAAACCGCGUAAGCCUGAUACCGAACAGAAAUCGGUGAAGCUGUCCCCAUUUUUACCCAUCAAAGAAAAAGAGAAACAUGUUUACCGAGAAGGAAGUCCUUUACCUCAGCAAAUUCUUACACCAAGAAACGCCGACGAUAUAGUCAAAGAACAGGAGGUGAAAAAUAGUGCAGACAAACCAACACAAAGGAGGGAGAAAAAGCCAAAGGGAGAUCUAAUUGAUAAAGACAAGAACUUGCUAAAGAUUUAUAGUAGAAAGGAUACGAAUUCCCCAACGCCGGGUAUAUCUUCACCUCAAUACCAGAAAUUAGCCGGAUUUGAACAAGACCAUGAAAUAUCGGAUAUCGAAGUUUAAUGAAAAAAUACUUAAAUUGUGAGAGGUGUAAGUAACGAAAUAGAAAUACGGCAUUUGAAAAUAAAUAUCGCAAGUUUUAAGUAUAAAGUUAACUGGCACACAAGUGUGUUACAAAAUGUUUUCAAAAUUAUUUUAUAAGAAGUUAAGGAAGGAAAAUAAACAGUUAUAAAUGUUCGAGCUGGUGAAUAACACAUUGUUAUCUAAAAGGGAGCAAAUUGACAUUGAAUUAGGUUUGAAAGAUUUACAUAUAUGUUAUUGUUUCUAAAGCAGUUUGCUUGUAGAUGCUUUUCCCUUUUUCUUUAUGAUCCUUUUGCUGUAUAAAUAAAUUCUUUGAUCCGA